AUGAGUUUUCAAGACUUGGAAUCCGGCCGGCGCAACCUAAUCAACGGCAAACAAAACCCGACGCAGGCGGUUGCUUCCGGCGUAUUUCAGAUCAACACCGCCGUCUCCACUUUUCAGAGACUCGUCAACACACUCGGAACCCCCAAAGACACGCCAGAACUCCGCGAGAAACUGCACAAGACGAGACUUCAUAUUGGACAAUUGGUGAAGGAUACGUCGGAUAAACUUAAACAAGCUAGUGAAAUUGAUCAUCAUGUUGAUGUUAAUGCAACCAAGAAGAUAGCAGAUGCUAAAUUGGCUAAAGAAUUUCAGGCAGUGUUGAAAGAAUUUCAGAAGGCACAGCGUCUUGCAGCCGAGAGGGAGACAGCUUACACUCCUUUUGUUCCGCAAGAUGCUCAUCCAUCCAGCUAUACAGUCAGUGGAGUAGGUGUUAGUUCUGAUAAAAGUCAAGAACAGCAUGCCCUUGUGCAAUCCAAAAGACAGGAGGUAAUAUCUUUAGAUAAUGAGAUUUCCUUCAAUGAGGCUAUCAUCGAGGAAAGAGAACAAGGCAUUCAAGAAAUCCAGCAGCAGAUUGGGGAAGUAAAUGAGAUCUUCAAAGAUCUUGCCGUGCUUGUUCAUGAGCAAGGAGCAAUGAUUGAUGAUAUUGGAUCAAACAUUGAGCAUUCCCAUGAAGCCACUGCCCAAGCAAAAUCAGAACUUGUGAAAGCUUCUAAGACACAACGAUCAAGUUCAUCUUUGGUGUGCUUGCUUUUGGUGAUAUUUGGAAUAGUGCUUCUCAUCAUCAUCAUUGUUGUUGCCGCUUAG